AUGUCUCAGCACAAUGGAGAAGAAUCAAAAGAACUGGAUCAAAAGAGAGAGAGUCAUACGGUUGGAUCCCUUUCUCCAACACAAAAGACUAAAUUAACUCGGCAAAAAAUAAUAAAGAACGUUCUAAAUUUGGGAUUAUUGAUAUUCAUCGAUGUCAUUUUCUCCAUUAGUCUCUUUACUAUUUUUAAACAUUUUGUGCCGGAGAUUUGGGCAGUGGUUAUAUCAGGUGUCCCGCCGUUUCUUGUUGUUGUUAUCAGCUUUAUUGGUAACAGGCGCAUCGACAUUUUGGGAGUGCUUAUACUAGUCAGUUUUAUUGUCAAUGCCAUCGUGUUACAAUUUCGAAGCGAUCCAAAAAUUGUUUUAUUGCGAAAAUCUGCAGCUACAGCUAGUGUUGGUGUGUUGUUCCUCAUUACUUUGAUUCCAUUCAAAAUCGGUUCCUUCAAAAUGCGGCCUUUAACAUUCUAUUUUGCCAAAGACGUGGCAUCUGGCGGAUUAUUUGGCAAUAAAAAUUUAGCGGAAGUUAAGCCUAUGGAUGAUCGUUGGGAGAGGUUUUGGAAUUCUUAUCCUAUAUUUCGACAUGGACUUAUUAUUAUGACAGCUGGCUGGGGAUUAGGAUUACUUGCCAUAACUCCUCUCCGUGUCCUUAUUGUUUACAAACUGGAUUCAAUUGAUCAAGACAUUCUUUAUACAAAUGUAGUAACUUAUAUUUGGCCGGCUGUAAUGUUUCUUGUAACCGUCUUAUACAGUGCAAUUUUGGCGAAAAAAAUGAAAAAAAGUCUAGCAGGAGAUGGUCAAAUGGAGGCUGGUAGAAUGGAAGCUGGCCAAACAGAUGAUGAUCAAACGUAG